AUGGAGCCGUAUAAGCCCGAUCCCGAGUUCCAGCGGUUUUACCACCGGUUGCUGCGUCCGCUGUCGCUCUUCCCCCGCACGACGACGCGCACAGAGUCUCAGAAGCGCCUCCCGCAGGAGGUCCUGAUGCUGCUGCCCCUACCGGUCUCACGGCUGACGGUGGCGUCGCUCUGCCGCCAGGUAGCCGAGCGGCUGGCCAACAGCGGGCUGGAGGCGCGCGCGCCUCGCAAGGUACGACUCCGUUUCACCGAGGUCAUCCUGGACGAGCUAAAGUGCAGCUGGCAGGAGCCCCCCACCGAACCUGGUCUGAGCCACUUGAACAAUCAGAGGCUGCGGCAGCGGCUCCUGGUCUACGUGCUGCUCAGCAGCGAGCAGCUCUUCGUACGCUACCUGCACCUUCAGAAGAUCAUGUCGACCCCCGCAGCUGUCUUCACCGAAUCAGCCACGCUCACCCGGUUGGCCGCCAGCCUCGCCAGGGACUGCACAGUCUUCCUCACCGGCCCCGAGGUCUACCGUGGUCUGCUCUCUGACUUCCGCGCCCUGCUGAAGGAAGGGCAGGUCCAAGUCUGCGUGCCCAGACUGCGCCCCCUCGGCCCCACUGGGGCUUCCAGGCUCUGCCCUAUCCCAUGUCAUCACAGCACUGGCUUUGCCCAAGUGCCGUAUUUCAACCUCAGCCUGAACUAUCUCAUCCAACUCAGCCGCCCGCAAGAGUUUUUCAGUGAGCCUGAACCGGAUCCAGUGAAGGAAUUGAAGUCCAUCCCCCAGCUGAAGAAGAAGAAGCCGCCUCUCUGCUGGCUGUCCACCAUGCAAAAGAGGAGAGAAAGCAACUUCAGUUCACAGAUUGCCUCACUGCCUGGGUCCUCUGUGGCUCCCCCCAGCCAGGCUCCCCCCACCUCCCACUUGCCCCUCUCCUCCCAGCUCCAGAGGGGCCAGUCCAUGCCCUCUCUGCGUGAGGGCUGGAAACUAGCAGAUGAGUUGGGCCUUCCUGCAUCCUCUCCUCGCCCCUUAACCCCACUGGUCCUGGUUGCAGAGAGCAAACCAGAGCUGGAAGGGUACACUGUGGCUGAGGACCUGAAGCAGAGGAUGAAGAACAUGCAGUUGGGGUGGUCUCACUGCUCACCGCUGGACUCGGGCCUGCCCCCACUCUUGGGGGCCCUGCCCUACCGCCCAACUGCAACACAUCACAUGGAAGAGCUGCAGAGAAUGUUGAAGGGCCUUGAGAAGAAGGAAGCCUCAGAGCAGUGGAGACUCCAGUCCCCCAGAUCCCCUCCAUUUGAACCACAGCCAGUGACUGUUACUUUGAAGCUAAGAAAUCAGGUGGUCCAGGCAGCUGCUGUACAGGUCUCAGCAAGAAACUUUUUGGAUUCCUUCCACGUUGAGGGGGCCGGAGUCCUAUACAACCACCUGGCUGGUGAACUGGAACCCAAACUUAUCGAGGAAAUGGAUACUGAUCGCACUUUUGCCAGUAGCAUCAGGGAGGUCUACAAGGAGCUGAUGAGCCGUGUCUCUAAUGACCACUUCUCUUUUGACCAGGGGCCCCUGGUUGAGCCUGUAGCCAAUAAAGACUGGUCGGCCUUCCUAUUCUCAGCCUUUCUACGUCAAGAAAAACAGUGUCCUAUCAUCAACACCAAGCUGGCUGGACUUUAUUCCCUGAGAGCUAACACUUUACAAUCCAACCCUGAUAAGAUGUCUUCCAUCACAUCACUCCAAGCAAAUAAAAGCUGGGAGAAGUGGUCAAACAAGGCCUCAUGGCUGAACUGGUGGAAAACGACUUUGUCUGUGGGUGACUACUUCAAGUACCUCACCACCCAGGUGACAGAUUUCCUCCAUGUCAUCUUCCAAAUGUAUGAAGAGGAGGUUCCUGUGCAGAUUGUGGCCCCUGUCAGAGAGUCCCUAAAGAUUCAGCACGCACCUCCCUUGCUAGAAGACAACGAGCCAGACUUCGUGCCAGGAGAGUGGGAUUGGGACACGGUGCUGGAGCACAGGCUGGGAACUAAGAACAACAGCCUCUUGGAAGACUCUCACAAAAUCCUGAGCCUGCAGAAGCGUCUGGAGUGGCUGUGGUCCAUGCUUGAGGUCCCUGACAAAGACAGGCUGGACAUGGCCAUCAAGUACAGCUCCAAUGCCCGCCUGAGGCAGCUGCCGUCACUGGUGAGCGCCUGGGAGCAGGCCUUGCAGCCCAUUCAGCUGCGGGAGAUAUUGCUGGGGAGACUGGAGUGGUUUGAGCGACAAGCCUCCGACCCUAACCGCUUCUUCCACAAGACCGACAUGGGCCUGAGUCGCUUCCUGGAGGAGAAUCAGAUCCGCAACCAUCUCCAUAAGAGGCUCAGUCUAGUGGAGGCUCCUUUGGUUCCCCUCCUGGAGGAGAUCGAGUUAGUCUUUGGCGAGCCAGUGACCUUCAAGGGGCGGCGCUACCUGGACAAGAUGAAGCGUGACAAAGUGGAGAUGCUCUACUGGCUGCAGCAGCGGCGGCGGGUCCGCCAUCUGGUCCAGGCCAAGGGGGCCUCCCAUCAGUCAGCCCUGUCCAGAAAGCUCAGCAGCCAGCCUUUAAUAGCCCCUGGGAAUACGCCCAUUACUCUUUGACCAGGCCAAGUGCCCUCAGAUCCCUCCCUCACCCCCAUACACCCAGCAGCUCACCCAGACCUGUUGACUGCUUUGAAAGAAG